GCGCUCGCGGGCGCGACAGGCCAGAACGACGGCACAGACGCAGCGACCCGCGGCCGCCAGCGCCAGUCGCCCGGCUCGAGCCGUACUCCCGCCAUCAUGCGCAGGUCGACGCUGACGACGGCCCUCCUGGCCCUCCUGAUUGCGGAGCUGGCCUCCGCCACGGCCGUGUACCACGACGCGGCCGACUACCAGGACCCGCUGGCGCAGGCCGUCAUGGAGUGCAGCGACAUGAUCAGCCCCGUCAUCGCCGAGCGCUCCAGCGCCCUCUACGCGCACCUGGUCAGGGCGUGCUGCGAGGACACCGCCGUGCUCCUGGAGGAGGGCCGGUCCGUGGAGGCCGCCUCGUCCACGGCCAUCAAGUGCUUCUCCAGGACGCUGCUGCCGCGCGCCGCGCAGCCCGACGCCGACCGGCUGAUCAACUGUAUCCGCCGCGUGCUCAGCUAGAGAGCGAGCUGCAGCCGCGGCAAGCCGCGGCCGCCGAGCUUCCAUCAGCGAGUUUCCUCUCUGUUUUCCCUUCCGCUCCCGCCAGUACUGCGCUGCGCGCCCGCCCUGCGCGCGUUCUCAAACAAAGCAGCGGUUCGCCCAGCGCUCGCCCAAACUGCAUUAAAUAUACAUUCCGACCGCCAUUUUUUUUACGGCACAAUAA